AAAGAAGUCAAUAAGUUAAGAAUGGAUAUUUCUAAGAAAAAUGUGGAUGAAGAAAAUAUAAAGCUUUUAGAAAGAAAUUCUGAUGAAUGGUGGGAUGCAAGUAAUGUCUUACAUUCCAUGAAUUUAUUGAGAGUUCCAUUCAUCAUUGACAGUCUUAUCAGCACUGGGAUGAUAAAACUUAAAGAUAGGAACAAACCAGAUGUCUUGAAAGGACUUAAAAUUCUGGAUGUUGGAUGUGGAGCUGGAAUUCUAUCAGAAGCGUUAGCUAAAUUAAAGGCAAAAGUGACAGGAUUGGAACCAGCACCAAAACUCAUUGAAGUAGCUAAAGAUCAUCUCCAAGGACAAUCACUUGAUAUUAAAUAUUUACCAGAGCUUAUUGAAGACUUUGCAAUAAACAAUUCUGAGAAAUUUGAUGCAGUUGUGGCCAGUGAAGUUGUUGAGCAUGUUCCAGAUAAAUUAUCACUUCUUAUUGGAAUGGCAAAAUGUGUUAAACCAAAAGGAAGCAUAAUAAUCACAACCCCUAAUAGAUCUAUUGUGUCAUGGAUAGCAACAGAAUUAGCUGUAUUAUUUAAAGUCUUUCCAAAAGGCACUCACGAUUGGAACCAAUUUAUAACACCAUCAGAAGUGAGUGAAAUAUUAAGGAAUGAAGAUUGUAGGACAUCCUUAGUGCGUGGUAUUUGGUACACUCCAAUACUUGAUAAAUUCAAUUUUAUACCAUAUCAAGGAAUACAUUAUGCACUGCAUGCAGUCAAAGAAGAUUAUAAGAAAGAGAAGUGAACUGAGUUGUGUGUGAUGCAAUUAUUCUUUGACAUUUCUGCAUCUUCUAUAAAUAUAAAUUAAGUUUAUUCGUUUAUUCAGCAAACUAGUUUUAAAAUAAUUUUUUCGGGGAAUUUUUACGGACAAGAUUUAUUUUAUUUGUGCUAAAGUUCCUGCAACUUUAUUUUGGUUGGGUGUAAAAACAGACAAGGUGUGAAUAUUGAUAUGCAGUAGAACAGACUUCGUUAUUUGUUUUGUAUUUUAUGAAUGAAUAUUUUUUUUCUGGAAGUAGCAUUUAAUGUCCAAAACAUGAAUGAAGACAUGACAAAUGUCAAUAGAGUGCAAAUAUGAUGAAAACAGCAGGUAACACAUUCAAAGCAGGUAAAUUUUGGAUUCUUACACGUUCUGACUUUUACAGAGCAAUGAAGAAGAUUUACAAAUGGGGGUCGUUCAUAAGUGAUGUAUAUUUUUGUUUUGAUGGGGCUAAAAGUAUAUUAAAAUGUCAUUCAGUUUUUUAAAUUUAUGAAAAAAUAAUUUUAUAAUUGACAUAAUUUAAGAACAUCCCCAAAACCAAAUUUAUGCUUAAAAGCAUUUUACGAUGAUGUCUUGUUUUGUGCCACCACAGGAUUAUCAUAUAAAUUGUCAUGUAUUUUAAAGUGAAAAGAAAUAAAAAAUGUUUUAGAUAUAUCUUAAUUAU